AAAUAUUUUUAUCCAGGAAACUACCCGGGACAAGGACCUAGGUAAAUGUGAGAUGAUGAUUGUUUGUGUUCUAUCUCAUGGAGAAGAAGGAACUAUCAUAACUUCAGAUUCUCAGAAAGUAUGCAUCGAAAAGGAGAUCAUAAGGAAGUUUAACAAUGAGAACUGCGACACUCUGCGGGGAAAACCCAAACUAUUCCUGUUCCAGGCCUGCAGGGGACAAGAUAUUGAUUACGGAGUAGUUCAAGAUAAAGCUGAUUCUGUUAUGUUCCAACAAAUGGGAAUGUCAAGAAGUGUUGCUAUCCCUCCUGUAGAGCCCAAGAAAGAUGUGUCUAACUCCGACAUGCUGAUUGUCUAUGCUACACUGCCAGGUACCAACUCCGACAUGCUGAUUGUCUAUGCUACACUUCCAGGCUAUGUAGCUCUGAGGGAUUCACAAAAUGGAACACAUUUUGUUCACAGUUUUUGCAAGGUUUUAGCUGAACAUGCAAAAGAUACUGAGCUAAGUGAUCUGAUGUAUCUGGUUUCAGAGGAUUUGAGAUUUAAUUCUGGAGAUGACUUUAAAGAAACCUGUGUUUUUGAGAAUCGAUUGUUUAAGAAGUUGUACCUCAACCCGAGCCUACUAUAGCAGAACCUUAUAUAAAUAUAUUAUAGGCAUAACAUAGUUUAAGAAAUUUUAAAAUGUAAUACAUAUUUUAUUAAAUAAACAGUAGUGAACACUCACAUUGUUUCACAAUAA